GUUCCUAGCACCACCGGCUCACUGAAUGGCUGUCGCGAGUAAUUGCGACAAGCACUUCUGCAACGCGUCUCUUGACGAUGCCGGCAAAUUAGCCCAAUGCCGACACAUCGCCCCCUAAUUCCAUGACUUAAGCCUCAAUCCCUCUGCCAGCGACCUGGCUACCUUGGCAAACAAUGGCAUUCGCCGCAAAGCUCGGCGCCUUGACUGAUGAAUUGGUCGAGGUCAUCACAUCGACACCAGACAAGCAGCACAUCAGUCGAGAGCGCUUCAAUCUGUUGCGCGAGUCUUCACAUCGCAGUCUCAAGUAUCACAACCUCCUGCGCACCAAUCAAUUCGACGUUGAGAAUCAGCUCGUUGGCCUGGAGGAGCGGUUCAGGGUCCACCAUCGUGAAGGCUUGGCGGAUGCCUUCAAGGAGCGGCUCGAUGCGUUGUCACAACUCCGAACCAAAUGGCAUCCCGACAUCCUUCAUUUUCUCCUCGAACUUGCCGAUAAACCAACACAGAAAACCCGACUGAGCGACUUAGAACUCCUCAGGGAACCCGAAAGAGACCCCGAACCGCCACUAAGAUGGGAAGAUAUCGCGAAAGAGGAUGGAUGGCACGAGGAUGCCGAGAUAUGGAACUCCAUUGAUUACAGCGAUCACUCUGGCGACGAAUACGGCGAGACCAAGUCAGACACAUCAAGUGUUUCUGACGAGACCUCGCUCUCAACUCUUGAUACAUCGAUCGGCAGGAAACCGGAGGAUUUCGAGAUUGCUUCCUCUGACGAGAACGCCCUCAAAAUUGUUCAGGAAAGCCAGGCUUGGAGGAUGGAAGGCAAGAAGACCGCCUCUUCAGCCCGACCACAAAAGAUCGCUGUAACAGAGUUCCAGACCAUGAGAGAAGCCCUCUUCAUGUUGCAAGGCCUGCCCACAACGUUAUUCCAGAAAGAUGGCCUUCCCGACCCUGUGUACCAGAUAUCCAGUCUUGAAUGGGAUACGCACAAAGCACUUUUGAGCAGCUACGUGGAAUGCGGACGUCAAGUUUCCCAGAUACGGACUUUCUCGAAGAGACCUCAGACGGCGCCACUCUUUCAAGUUUUCCGUGACAAUGUCAUUGCCAGUCUACAAUCCUUUGACAAGAGAUUAUCCCACACCCAGAUUAAUCUGGCAGUGGCGCGGGAAGAUACGGUCAUCAGCAUGGCAGCAAUUCUGGAGGAACUCAGACCUCGGAUAGAACCCUUAGGGUCUCUCUCGGAGAUUGUUAGGCAGCUUUACGAUCCUGCGAAUGGCGGAGCGUUCCGCUUUCUUGAGCUUCUCUAUGAUGAAAUCAGCAGGGCCCAGCUUUCAGGUCGCGAUUCGACUUACGACUUCCUGGGACGCAUAUUCUUCAACUGUUUUCAAGUCUAUCUCCGACCUAUUCGACUUUGGAUGUCAGAGGGGCAACUCGUGCCAGGCGAUAAGAUCUUCUUCGUGUCCGAGUCGCCAACCCAAGUUCCACUCCGUCAUGUCUGGCAAGAACAAUUCAAGAUGAGGCGAACAUCAGAAGGUGUCUUGCAUGCGCCCGGUUUCCUUCAGCCCAGUGUUGGCAAGAUCUUCACGGCUGGAAAAAGCAUCGUCGUUCUCAAACAUCUUGGGAAAUUUGAUGCACUUCGUCAACUCUGGGACGAUCACGAACCUCCUUUAACGUUCGAUUCAGUCUGCCCGCCAGGCCUGGAACUUGCGCCAUUCCCCGAGCUAUUCACAUCGGCCUUCACUCUAUGGAUGCAAAGCAAAUAUCAUGCAACCUCGGAAAGCUUGAAACAGGCGCUCUUUGAUUCUUGCAACCUAGAGGCGAAUAUCGGCGCCCUGCAUCACCUCUUUCUCAUGACUGAUGGAGCUGCGGCUGAUGAGUUUUGUAAAGGCGUUUUUGCCCGGCUAGAUGCUCUCAGGCCUGAUUGGCAUGACCGAUACUCCUUGACUGGUCUGGCUCAGGAGGCGUUUUCCCUACGAGUUGAUACCACCCGGCUCUUUGUCACUGUCCGAGUCGAAGGCCAGAAGAAGUCUGUCGUAGCUGGGCGCGAUCUUAUCCGGACGGCCUUGCCAGAAAUCGUUCUGCAGUAUCGUCUUCCCUGGCCAGUGCAGCUUGUUGUCACUGAAGACACAAGUGCCCAAUACCAAGCAGUUUUUACGUUUCUGAUGCAGAUCAGACGCGCCAUCGGUCUCAUCCAACGCAACCGGAUCCUCGACGAGCUUGCUUCCAGAAGCGAUGUAUGGGGCAGCAAAGCGAUGUACUACUUGCUCCGCUCAAAGUUGAUGUGGUUUUGCAACUGCAUCCAGACAUAUCUAUCGACGUUGGUUUUAGCCCCUUACACAGAAUCCCUCCGCUGGAAAUUGCGAGAGGCCUAUGAUGUAGAUGCCAUGAUCAGGCAUCACGAAGCCUUCGUGAAGCAAGUUAUCGACGCAGCAUGUCUCGGCAGAAAACUGGAUCCCAUACGCGGUGGCAUCCUAGACAUUAUGGACCUGGCUGCGAAACUUGAAGACGCCCAAAGCGCUAGCGUCGCCGAGGAGGCAGAGGAACAACAAGAGUUAUCCCGUCUUUCCAUCAUGUCCUCGCCGAUGAAAGCGAGUCCCCGCCGCCGAAAACCGGCUGUCUACGCCGAAGACAGUGACGACGACGGUGCGGAGCGCCUCGGGACCAAAACCAAAAGGGGCGCAAUUAAUGCAGGCAAGGGCUACCUAGAAUGCCUGCGGGAGAUUAAGACAGACUUCGAGAGGCACCUAAAGUUCAUCUGUGGGGGCCUACGAGGGGUUGCCAGGGCUUCAAGCGACGAGGCGGCUGUGAAAUGGGACCUCCUGGCUGAAAUGCUGGAGGUGGGUAUCAAGGAGGGCGCUUGA